AACGUGUUUAUGCAGUUGACGUCAUCUUCAUGCGACAGUCUUCUGCAAAACCAGCAACUUGACGAGCUGUUUUGUUUUCAAUAAUGGCAAGCUCUAAGAAGGGGAAAAAAGUCGUGAAUCAAGAGGAGCUCCGGCGUUUGAUGCGAGAAAAACAAAGGCAAACAGCAGACAAGAAGAAGGUGGAGUCUCCUUUUGCUAAAUAUAACAGUCUCGGACACCUCAGUUGCGUCCUGUGCAAUGUGCAGGUGAAGUCGGAGCUUCUGUGGCCAGCUCAUGUUCUGGGGAAAAGUCAUAAAGAGAAGGUUGCUGAGCUAAAGGGCGCAGAAAGUCAGCCUGUGAUACCCAAGAUUCAGCCUUUGAUACCCAAGAUUCAACCUGUGAAGAGGAAAACACAGGACCAUGAUGUUGCUGAAGUGAAAAGGGGAAAAUCGUCGUCGAGUGCAGGCCAAUCAUCGUCAGGGCUGCCUGGAGACUUCUUUGAGAAACCCAGCGAAAAGGAAUCUGCUCCUCCAACAACAUCUACAGGUCUGAGUCUUUUGGCUGGAGUUUACGAUGAGGACGAUGAUGAAAAUGCUGAAGAGGCAGGCAUCGCAGACCCCCCUCCUACUGGAUUACCAACUGAUUUCUUUGACAGCUCCAUCCCAGCCGCACCCACAGUUUCCCACUCAGGAUCCAUCCUCAAAGCAGAUGAGCAGGAGAAAACCGCAGACAAGAAAGAUAACACAGCCGAGGCUCUCCCUGAGGGCUUCUUUGACGAUCCCGUGAGAGAUGCUAAAGUGCGCAAAGUGGACGCACCCAAGGAUCAAAUGGACAAGGAGUGGGACGAGUUUCAGAAGGAGAUCCGGCAGGUUAACACUAAAUCGGACGCCAUCGUGGCGGAGGACGACGAAGAGGGCCGUCUUGAACGUCAGAUUGACGAAAUUGAUGAACAAAUUGAGUGUUACAAGAGAGUUGAAGUACUGAGAGACAAGCGGGAUGUAGUGAAGAGCAAGUUUCUGUCCAGAAAGGGGGAAGGAAUGGAGAUAGAUGCCAGCAAUGAAGAGGAAGAGGAGGAUGAAGAGGAGCUGCUGGGGCUUUUGUCCAGAGACUGGAGGGCUAAAGGGGCACUGGCCUAAAUGUGACGGAUGUUAAUUUUCUACACAAUGCUGUCAAAACUUGUGUUAGAGAAGCAUUUAGUCAGCCAUCAGAAGUUGUACAUAUGUUUGUUAAAAGUCCUUCAACAUGUCUUUUGUAUUUCAAAGUGGAAUAAAUGUGAUGCAGUCCUGUGAAACAUUUUUGUUAAUGAUGAGAUGUGUCUGUCUAUGUUACACAGUUCAUGACUAAAUACACCAGGCCACAAAGGAA